AUGGCCGCUCCUCAAGUUCACCACCUCUUUCACUCUCCAAUUGCGGACCACUCGUUCUCCUCAGACAAACAAACCCUUGCUGUCGCCCGGGAGAACAAUGUGGAGCUGUACCAGUCAUCGGGCAACAAGUUCACGCUGAGCGAUGAACUCAAGGGCCACGAGAAGACAGUUACCAGUGUCGAUAUAGCCCCCAAUAGUGGACGCAUCGUUACUUGCUCUCAGGACCGCAAUGCGUACGUCUGGGAGCAGACUCCCUCUGGCUGGAAGCCUACGCUCGUCCUCCUCCGAAUCAACCGUGCUGCUACUUUUGUGCGGUGGUCACCCUCCGAACAGAAGUUCGCCGUCGGUUCCGGAGCUCGCUUGAUUUCCGUCUGUUACUUUGAGGAGGAGAACGACUGGUGGAUCUCGAAGCACCUCAAGAAGCCAAUUCGAAGCACCAUCACUACCCUGGCUUGGCAUCCCAACUCCGUUCUGCUGGCUGCUGGCUCCACUGACUCUCAUGCCCGAGUCUUUUCGAGUUUCAUCAAGGGCAUCGACACCCGCCCGGAGCCCAGCGCCUGGGGAGAGCGCCUUCCCUUCAACACGAUCUGUGGUGAAUUCUUGAAUGAUUCGGCUGGCUGGAUCCAGGGUGUUGCCUUCUCUCCCAGUGGAAACGCUCUUGCUUUCACUGGACACGACAGCAGUGUCACGGUCGUUUACCCUAGUGCACCGGAACAGCCUCCUCGGGCGAUGCUGAACAUCUCCACCCGUCUGUUGCCGCUCAACAGUCUCAUCUGGAAUGGUGAGAAUGAGAUCAUUGCGGCUGGUCAUGACUGCGAGCCCUUCCGCUUCAGUGGUGACGAAAAUGGAUGGCAACUUGUCGGAUCGCUGGAGAACAAGGACUCUGGUGCCGGUGGUGCCCGCGAGGAGUCUGCGCUCAACAUGUUCCGACAGAUGGAUCUUAAAGGCCAGACGCAGGUGGACACCAAGCUCAAAUCUACCCAUCAGAACACCGUGAACACCGUCCGCGCCUUUGACGAGACUAAUGGGCAGGUCAGCUCCUUCAGCACGAGUGGCGUUGAUGGCCGUGUUGUGGUGUGGACCAUUUGA